AUCUACACUUGUUUCCAUCUCACAACUCCAAUAGUGUUUUUGAUGAUCUUGUGCAGCAAUGUCGCACGACGAGGUGGUUCUGUUGGAUGCAUGGGGAAGCAUGUUUGGGAUGAGGGCAUGGAUUGCAUUGGAAGAAAAGGGUGUUAAGUAUGAACACAAGAUGGAGGAUCUCAACAACAAGAGCUCUUUGCUUAUGCAGAUGAACCCUAUUUACAAGCAAAUUCCAGUUCUCAUCCAUAAUGGCAAACCAAUUUCUGAAUCUGCAAUUAUAGUGCAGUACAUUUAUGAGGUCUGGAAUGACAACAAAGCUCCAAUCUUGCCCUCUGAUCCUUAUGAGAGAGCUCAAGCCAGAUUCUGGGUAGAUUACAUUGACAAAAAGGUGUAUCCUGCUUGGAAUAAAAUGUGGCUUUCUAAAGGAGAAGAGCAUGAGGCAGGGAAGAAGGAGUUAAUCUCCGUCUUUAAGCAACUAGAAGAGACAUUGGGUGACAAAACUUUUUAUGGAGGUGACACGUUUGGGUUUGUUGAUAUUGCUCUGAUCACUUUCUAUAGUUGGUUUUAUACUUUUGAGACAUAUGGCAACUUUGAAAUGGAAGGAGAGUGUCCUAAACUCGUGGCUUGGGCUAAGAGAUGCAUCCAGAGAGAGACUGUGUCCAAAGUUCUUCCUGAUGAGAAGGAGUUGUAUGAUGCAGUUGUGGAAAUGAAGAAGGAACUUGAUUCGAAAUAGAGGAACUUCGUGGAUCAACCCAAUGAAGAUUUGCAUGUUAAAAGGCCUUGAGUACUUUAAUUUUGUGUUUGUUUAGCUCGGGUUAUUUAUGGUUUGCCCAACACUUAGGAUUUCUACUCUUUACAAGAUUAAGAUGGGGGUUGAAUGUCGUUAUUUUUGUUUUAAGUUGUGCACCUAUAAUCAAUAAAAUCUCAUUUUAUCAAGUCAUCGAAA